AUAGCGUGUCUAUGCCCAUCUGGCAACGUUGAGUGUUUCUUUACCAUUUUCUAGGCAAAAUAAAAAUCAUUUCCGGGUAACAUGUAAUAUAAAAGUUUUUGAAAUAUUUCCGAAUUUUUAACCGGCAGUCAUGACAGCAACUUUACAAAAGCUUCGUGUAUAUCGUAAGGACAACAUAUGAUCUACACAAUGGGGAGUUUUUUUGUCACGUCCCAACUGAGAGACCAAGACGUAGCGAGCUAAUGCUAAUGUGGAACCGAGCAGCUUUCAAAGAUGGAGACGCUAUUAUUUAAAAUGACAGAAAAACGUUUUCUUUUCACGGCUUCUGUCGUUAUACGCCUCGCCUUGGUCGUCUAUGGAGACUUCCAUGACAGGACUAUGGUAGUAAAGUACACUGAUAUUGACUAUCAUGUGUUCACGGAUGCUGCAAGAUUCAUCACGAAGGGUGAGUCUCCGUACAACAGAUCUACAUAUCGUUACACACCUCUACUAGCCUGGAUGCUUACUCCGAACAUUUACAUCAACUUCAUGUUUGGCAAGCUGCUCUUCAUCCUGUGUGACCUUCUGUCUGGCCUGCUGAUCUACGCCAUCCUGAGCCUGCGAGGUCUGCGUUCAGAGACAGCACAACAAAUGUGUUCCCUGUGGCUUCUCAACCCUCUGCCUAUGGGAGUGUCCAGUCGCGGGAAUGCAGAGUCCAUCCUGGCUGCUUUGGUGCUGGGGAUGCUGCUUUGUAUGGAGGGUGGCCGCAUAGUUUGGGCGGCGCUACUGUAUGGGCUGUCAGUUCAUAUGAAAAUCUAUCCUGUCACGUACGCUCUUCCCAUUCUUCUGAGUCUUCGCUCGUCACAAAGAAGAUCUGAGGAACAACAAAAAUGGUGGAAAAGAUUGUUGGGACGUUUCUUCAACAGAGAAUUGUUCCUCUUUGCAAGUGUUGCUGGGGGCAUUUUUUGUGUUUUAACCGCACUUUUCUAUCACAUGUAUGGUUGGACGUUCCUUCAUGAGACCUACUUGUACCAUCUAACCAGAAGAGAUAUCAGACACAACUUCUCUCCUUACUUCUAUAUGCUCUACCUGACUGUAGACAACAGGUGGAGUCAGUGUCUUGGCCUGGUGGCCUUCUUGCCUCAGUUGACCCUUCUGUUGGUGACAUCAUGGUCUUUUCACCGUGACCUUGCUUUUUGUUGUUUCCUGCACACUGCCAUCUUUGUCACCUUCAACAAAGUCUGCACGUCACAGUACUUCCUGUGGUAUCUGAGUUUACUUCCUCUGGUCAUCCCUCACCUGAGUCUUUCAGUCAAACAAGGAGUAGGACUGCUGCUCCUCUGGUUUGCAGGACAGGCUGCAUGGUUGGCUCCAGCCUACUUCCUGGAGUUUGAGGGCUACAACACCUUUGUGUUUAUUUGGCUUUCUGGAUUGUUCUUUUUAACCGUGAACUGUAUCAUUCUCAUACAGAUUAUUGUACACUACAACAACAAUCAAGUCAACAAGAAAAUAACAAAGUUGAUAUAAACCUUUAUGAAAGCUUUUUUAAUGUAUUUUUGCUUGUGAUUGCACGUGAUUUACUAAUCAAAUAUACAGUAAGAAUAACUAAUUAAAUCAUGACGGCUCAGACAAUAAGACGAUUGUAAGAAUUACACUAAAGGCACAAAACCAAUUUCAAGCAAACCUUAGAGGAUCUGCAUAAAAGGUUGAUAGAAUAAAAUAUUGAUGUCUUUAUUUUUG